GUUUGCCCGAUCCCGCUCUUUGGAACUUAUGCUAAUACUUUGUGCAGCUUUGCCUUUUGGCUUAGAUCAAGUGUAGUAUCUGUUCUUUUCAGUUUAAUCUCUGAAAUCAUCCUACGGGAUGAAUCACUGAUUAUUCUUAUUUCUGGACCUCGCUGUGAGACCCCUCUGUGCUUGCGCAUGGGUCUCUGGCACCGUGUCCGAGGCCUUACACUGCUGCCUUGCGAUGCGAACAACCAACCUUUUCAUCAAUUUGUCUUUGCCUUGAGCAAAACUUUGGAGAAGAGUCAGGACAAUGGAUAUGUGGAGAAUGGAGUGUUUGAGCCAUUUUUGGAGGGACGGAAGUGAGAAGAUUUUGAGGUAUGUAUGUUGAGUGGCCGCAUACAUAAGCGCUCGCAAGCAUCUCACGAAGAUCGUUAUGGUCACAUACAAUCGACUCGCACACCUCAAGACAUGAACUCGUCAGAGCUACUACAGCCAUCUCUUCCCGCUGCUGCGGCGUGCCGUAAAUGCCUUCCAAAAAAUUCCCACACGUAGCAAUGCAGACUGUAAAACAAGACCGAAUUCAUCAUCCAGGAACACCAUAGUAAUUCUGCUCUCACCAAAUUUUACCAAAACCAUCCCAUCAUUUAAUACUUGUCCCUUCAAUUCCUCCUCCCACUCCUACGCCAUUCAAAAAUGUCCGACGACACCACCAUGACCACGCCCGCACCCGCCGCCCAACCCGUCGACCCAGCGAUUUUCACCUCCCUACAGUCCAAGAUCGACGAAGAAUCCUCAAUCCGCGAUGAACUCAAGACGCACGUCGAAACGCUCUCCAAACAAGGCCGCCUCACUUCAUCCAUCCUCUCACGCAUCCACAACACGCCCACCGCGGAACUCGAACGCGCAGUCCUAAAUCCAGCCUACGCCGCCCUGGCCCAACAAGCCGGCACAGUCAAAGAUCUAGCAAGUUCCGCGUCUCGAUACCCAUUCUACAAAUGGAACACCAUCUGGCAGCGCGACAUUCAGACCGUCAUCAGCUCCAUGCAGAUGGUGGACUGGCUGCAGACAGGCAAGCUCGUCACAAUUGAAGACGUCGGGCAGAGACUUGGUGUCCCCGUCAAUCUCAAAGACGAAGACAAAUUCCACAUCACGAUCGAAGACUACCUUCUCGCGCUGACCACGACGAUCGAAGAACUCGCCCGGUUGGCUCCCAAUGCAGUCACGCUGGGCGACUAUGCCCGACCACUCCAAAUUUCCAAGUUCAUCAAGGAUGUGCAUGCGGGAUUUCAGCUGCUGAACCUCAAGAAUGACAUACUCAGACGGCGGACGGAUGGGAUCAAAUACAGUGUCAAAAAGGUCGAGGAUGUGGUGUAUGAUUUGAGCCUGAGAGGGUUGAUUCCCAAGAGUGAUGCGCCGAGUUGAGAAAAGACUAUAUCACACCAUGACACCCAGACAUACAGCUGAUUGAUUGUUUUUUGGAUUCGAAGAUGCGUGCUUAAUAUCAAAGUACGUGGGACACGCCGCAGCCUACUGCCCGUGGUGAGUACUGAGGCCGCAGUCUGAAAAGCGCGGAAUGGGCAGGAAUACACAAAACAAAAUCGGACACGAUUGAAUGAAACUUGAAGCACGCUUGACGAGUUAUAUGUGCUUUUGUUUUGGGUUCUCAAAUACUCAUUUUCGAGCUACGCAAUUUGACUCCAUCAAAUGGAGCUAGAGGCAUCUAUUGUGCCGAUAUGAUCAUGAUCC